GUCUCCGGGGCACUGCCUCCGCUCGGCGCCGCAGAGCUGAAGCGACGGCAGGUGCUCAGAGUUGUUAUUGUUAUUCAUUUGUCAGCGCCCCGAGUUCUUUGAACUCCGGCAGCUGCACCCUGCGCGGGGCAAUCGAGAAGCGUGGCUCGGCUGAGACUCGGGGUCUGGACAGGGUGGGGGUCGCCCGGGGGCGCCCGCAGCCAGGGCUACCCCGCCUCCGGAUCCCUCGCCCUCCGUGUGACACCCGAAAGGGGCGAUCCCCUCCUCCCCCGCUGGAGAGGUCUUGCGGCCAAGUUUGGUUCGUAAAGAAGACGCUGAAAGGGGACAGUUUUCCAGGCCCCGGGCAAAACUGGGCUUAGAAGAAAGAUGCCUAGUGGGGUCUUAGGAACCUCACCACGGCUCCCCCGACUGUCAAAUUCAAAAGCCUUCUGCCUCUCGGGGGUCAUAACGGGAAGGCGCAUUUUCUUCCCCAGCGAGCCCCUGCAGGGGGUUGCAGACAGACAGCGGCCUUCUCCUAACACGAGGUUCUUUUCAAGAAUUCUGUGGCUUGGCUUUGGUUUGAAGUGAUGCUGGGGGGGAGGGGAGCGUGUCAAAAACGUGCGCAUGACUCAUAACUUGUUUUCACCACUUGGCGCUACUUCCCCAAACCCGCAAGAGGGAGUCCUCUGCUGAACCCAGGCCUUAAAAUUCUGACCACCGUAGAUAAUUUGUGUCCUAACCAACGGAAUGGGAACAACCAUGGUCUUGGUAGGCCCAGAAACAGACGGGCGAGUAGCUGACCCAAGGAGGGGAAUUGUCAUGAGCUCAGUUAAAAGUAUUUAGCCUUAUCUCAAACCCCUCCUCCAACACUAUCCCUCUUUAUUAUAAAAAGAAGUGCCAAAUGGAAUAAACUGAUUUUGAACAGUAUUUGUGUCAAAUGUGAACACCUACCCAUUAGGUGCAAGUAGAUAAACAAUUCUUAUAUAAACUACUAAAUGUCCAUCAGGUUUAUGAUUAAGUCGAAAAUUGUAGAUGAAGAAAUUAAUGACGAGGCAUCAGUUCUCACAGACAAUGAGCAUUCCGGAGCUUAACAGAAUUGAAUCCUACACAUUUUUAAAGGUGUUUUCAAUAAAUACUUGGAAUAUGUUCUCACAUUAGGCAUUUCUACUAAAUUCAAUAAAGUGUAGUCUGUGAAGAAUCACUUCUCUUUUUUAGAUAAUGUGUUUUGGGAGCAAGCAGAAACUCAAAUGUCUAGUAACAAAUGCAUGUCCUAACAAUAUUAAAAAGAAGUAACAUGUGUUGAGUUUCUCCAGUGUGCAGUUCAGAUGUGAAGCUAGAGGACUCAUGCAUUGUCCCUGUUAAUUCAGGCAAGAACAUGCACGAGAGGAGCAUUACUGGCCCCAUUUUACAGACUGAAAAGCUCAAGUCAAGAAAGUUCAAGUUUUUAAAAUCAUUCCCAGAAACUUACCUGGCUCGGACUAGAAUCCACAGUCUGAUCUGAAGAGACUAAGUUUAAACUCUGCCUUGUAGGUUACCUGGGAAGGGAAUUAACUAAAGCAUCAAGCUAUGCAGAAUAAGUCCAAGAAGAGCCAUCAUUCAAGAGUUUCCGACGUAGAACUGAACUCUGUGGCUGCCGAGAAAGACAAGAGUGAAAAUACCUUCUGCGAAUGGCUGCCUCCGGAGCUUACUGAACAGAUCUUCAGUCACCUGGAUGUUCAGAGUUUGUGCAGGGCUUCAAUGACAUGCAAGAGCUGGAACGACAAAAUAAUACACAAUGACGCCUUAUGGAAACCUCAUUGCUUGGCCUUAAGAGCUGUGUGCAAAAGAGAAAUAGAUCAUGAUCAAAAUAGUGGUUAUUCCUGGAGGGACACACUACUGAGGAAUUACCAGAAGAGCCAAGUGAAACUUGGAUGGCUAAGCGGCAGAUACAGCAACAUACGUUCUCCUACUGACCUCCCAGAAACAAUCCUGUGCCAGAUGGAUGCAGAAACAUGGGGGGAAAUUCUAGAAGCAGAACUGAAAAGACCAAUUGACAAACAGAUCUCAUAACUGUGAGAGUGUAAAACUAAAAUGACUCUUAGUUUGUAAAAGGUAUUUAUCUCUUCAUUUUUUUUGUUCACCUUUUUAAAUAUUUAACAUUUAAAAGUAAAAAAUAUUGUAAAAGUAAGGCUUUGUUUUUACUUGGCACUUUAGUAAAAAAUAUUCUUCUGGUUUUACUGUAAUAUGGAAAAAUCAUGAAAUGUUUUUUAUAUAAGAAAUAAUGUACCAGUAGAGUGAUUCCAAAAUGCAUUGUUUCAUGUAUUUGUGUUAGUGUAUUGUGUUACUAUCUCUUUAAUGAAAAGAGAAUUUGGUAUUUUCUGCUUAAUGAUAAUUCAAAAAUUCAGAAAACUGUUUGAAGAAACUGUCCUAGAGGUCAUUAAAUAGUAGGCAUAACUAGGCUCCUGGGAAGAUUACCUAAAUGGAACUAAUAGCAAUAUGUUUAAGUGUAUAAUAAAUUUCUAUUUCAAUAACUUUAAAAUUUCCAUUUUAGUGAAAUCAGAUUGAAUUGUCAAACAUUGAAACCAUUUUAAAAUGUGCUAACUUUGUGGUUUAGUUUCCAAUUCACCUGACCAUAGAGCUAAAACUUGUGAGAUUAAGGUUCCCAUUACUUGCCUACAGCCCUGGAAUUGCUCUCAGGGACUCAAAAACUAUUGUAAGUUUUCAGAACACUGAGCUACCAUCCGAAUAGCCAUACUGCUUUUCCUGGCAGCCUUGUAGCACCACCUAGUGUUCUACUCAUCGAAAACCAAGACAGAAGACAGCUUUCUUUUUCUCUCCACAUUUAAAAGAAAGAAAAAUACUGUUUCAGAGAACCCUAAAUACCUGACCUUGUUAAAGUUUAUAGCUUUCCAGGAACCUUUAACUUAAUUUUUCUUCUCUUUUUCUUAAAAGUAGAUGAUAUAGUAUUCACUGUGCCAGAUUGUUCAUUCUGAAUCUGUGGCCAGUACCAUAGUAGGUGUCUGCAAAACAUUUUGGUUAGUAUGGGGUAUUCUUCUUAAACUGUGCUCUAUAGCACGAAAAAUAAGAAUCCAGGAAACCAGCAUUUAACAUAUAGGCAACUAUCAGAAAAAUGCCCCAUUCUCUACAAAUUCCCUUUGUUGGAUCAAGCAGAUGAUGAUUGAUUGUCUAUUAUCUUCUUAGAGCUGGAAGGGGCCUUAAAGAUCAGGCAGUCCAAUCUCUAAGACUGUUUGACAACCCCUCGUUAGGAAUGUUCUUCCUAUCACCCAUAAUUAAUUCUUUUCUUGGUAAUCUCUUUUGUAAAUUUAUCAUCUUGACCUGGAAACCAUCCCUAACUUCUACCAUUCUGGAGUAAGUGGUCCUCUUAAGGUUCCCUGUAAUUCUCUAUACAUACCAUUGUCAAAGCGGUCAUACUAUGUUAAAUUGUCUGUUUUAUUUGUCUUUCUCCCCCUUUAGAUGUGCACUUUUUU